AUGCUUCGCUCCCUAGUCCGCUGCCAUGCGCUCCCUCCGUCGACGCAACUCCGUCGCGUCCUCUUCUUCUCCACCGGAACUUCCGUCUCCUCCUCAGGCGUCACUGCUUCUCCCGAUCCCCACUUCAUCGUCGAAUACCUCAUGAAUUCAUGCGGGUUCUCCGCCGACGAUGCUUCCAAGGUUUCUAAGUUUUGCCCUCGUAUUAAGUCCACAGAGAAGGCUGACGCCGUUCUUGGAUUCUUCAGAUCUCAGGGCCUUGAUGGUGCUAAUCUGAGAAGGAUAAUAGCUUGGAAACCAGGAUUGCUCGGCUGGGAUGUGGAGACGAACCUCGCCCCAAACAAGAUCCCGCUUCUCCUCCGAUUUAAGGUUUGGGAAAGUUUAUUGGGAUCGAAGGAGAUCCUUCUCAAGAAUCUCCGGAGGUGUGGAUGGUUUUUUAGCAGCAACAUUGAGAAUGUAGUACGCCCCAACAUGAACUUCUUACGGGAUGAAUGUGGUAUUCCUCAAGACCGACUUUCUCUUGUCAUUAAAAGUCACCCCAGCUUCAUCGCGCAGAAUCCUGAAUCCCUCCGGGCUUUGGUAGAUAGAGCUGAGGAGAUUGGAAUUCCCCGUGAAUCUAAAAUGUUCCUUUGGAUUCUUGAUGUGCUGCACGGGGUCAGCAGGGAAAAAUUUGAGGCCCAUGUAAAGAUCAUGAACAGCUUUGGUUGGUCGAACUCGGAUUUUGUUACUGUAGUCAAGAAGCAUCCAACUUUUUUAUGUCUUUCAACAGAGGUAUUGCAGAGAAAGAUGGAAUUUUUAGUUAAGGAUGUUGGAAUGGCACCUUUAGACAUUGCUAAGAUGGCAGUGGUUUUACGAUUAGGUUUGGAAAAGAGGGUUAUGGACUUCACAGAUGAUGUUAUCUACGUUUUUCUCAUCGCCGGGACCAAAAUUUUUGCAGAAGUGCGUACUGCUGCAAUGGCAUACAUAGCUGCUAUUGCUUUUCUUUGA